CCAAAACGGCCGACAAGACAUAUGAGUCAUGGAGGGAAAGCCGAGCAGGGGCCGUGGAGGGAGUUGGAGAAGAGGGGGCGGAGGUGGUGGUGGAAAUGAAGCUGGAAGUUCAGGUGAACACAGGGGACGAGGAAGAGGUGGAUACCGUGGACGAGGCAAAAGAGGUCAUUAUCGCGGCCGCGGAGGUCCACUGGCUGCCUCGGCUACCCACAGGGAUUUGGAGCAGCAUGACGAUAGUAAGAAUUUGGAAGAGGAGGAAAUAGAGGUGUUCUCUCGGAGAAAGUUGGAAUCUAACUGGGAUCGAUACGAGGAGUCAGAAAAGGAGGCGCUAAAUGUAGAUGACACGCCCACACAGAGAGGCACAGACUUUCACAUCCUCCUGGAAUCUGCAGGGGACUCUUACUCUCAGUUCCGCUUCACUGAGGAGAAGGAGUGGGAGAUAGAUGCCUUGGCUGUCAAUCAGAUCGCUUCCAUGUUCUUGGACCUCCCAGCACUGGUCCAGUCUCUCCAGGAACUGCCCCUGCACCAGAGACUGAACCUGGACGCAGAUCUUGUCCAGAUAUCAACACCAGUAGAGCUGCCCAAUAUGAGAAUGGAACCCAAGCAGGUGAAGCCUCAAACCCCCGCUCCCAAAGGCCUUGGCACAAGCCUGGGACUUUCCUCAGCGAUAAGCCCAGCUUCCGGCAAUGUUCCCCAGGGUUUGUCCAACACAGUCAAGCCUCAGGCAGAAGAUAUUGAUGAAGAGUUGGACAGACUACUCAGUUUACAAACCCCGGUCUCCGUACCAUCAGAAGCUUUACCAGAGGAGGAGACGAAUACCAUCCAAGACCAACCCAUACUUGAAAAGGAGGAGGAGCCUAUUGUAGAGGAGGCGUCUGCUUCUUCUAAGCCUGAGCCUGUCAAACAGGAAGUGACAGAGGAGGAUCUGGAGGACUGGCUGGACAGCAUGAUCUCCUAACCUUCAACUUCCAUCUGGUCAGCUCAAAGGCUCUGGACCUGGACAGGUCCGGUCCCCCCCAAGUUUUGGGGUUUGUGUGGUAUAAUGGAGUUGGCAGUGUGAGGACCCAGCGGACUGGGGGACAAAGAUGGGACUUGUAGUUCCAGUCCAGAACACUGAGAUAAUGUUGGAUUCUUCUGGUGAAUGACUGGAUACAGUGUUUCUGUCCUUGUGAAGAACUGCACUUAUCUAAUAGCGGAACAGCAGGCAUUUGAGAAUGGAGCUGGUUUAUUGCAUCGGUUACUUUUAUUAAUUUCCUCCUCCUUGUUUAAAAGAAACAGUUUAUCAAAGCUACUACAUACAUACAAAUGGCCAUAAAGUAGCAUUUAAAAGAAAAAGUUUAUCAAAGCUACUACAUACAUACAAAUGGCCAUAAAGUAGCAUUUACUAUCUUACUAUUUUAAAUGUUCAAUAAAUAAACCGUAGAUUUUGAUAUUGUCGUGGGCUCUCUAUUUUCAGGUGCAGGCAGGCAGGACACUGCAGCUUGGGAACACAACCAAACUCACAUCAACAUUUACACAACGAUCUUCUACAAUUCUUUUUUUUGUUGUAUAUUCUUUUUUUUUCUUUUUUUACAUCAAAUGUUUGUAUAUAUAUAUAAUUUUUUUUUCCUUGUUUGUUU